UGAUAAUUUCAUGUUUUCUGGCAGUUUAGCUCCAUCUUUUGUUGAUAGAUUUGUAGUAUUUUUCACAUUUGUUUGCUCAAAGGUUCUUCGCAUGUGCUUGCUAAAGGUCUAUCGUUUUCAGUUUAAUCAGCUACGGAUUUAGACAAUCUCAGCUGUUUCUUUUCUCUUUUUUUUUUGGUCAUAUUCGUCUACUUUAUCAAUUUAAAGUGGGCUCACUUUAAGUGAGGGAUUAGAAUUUUGGGUUGGCAUAUCAUGUCAAAUAGAUGCGAAAUGGUUGAAGAACAAUCGUCAUUGUAAGGAUGAAACUUAUUCAAGGUAUCUUGUAUCAUGCUAAUGCUGGCCUUUCUCGUAAAUUUCUCAGUCCUCAAGUGAUCAGGACCUUUUCUACUAAUCCAGGAUACGAUGUUAACAAGCUUAAUCGAAGCUCAGUUGAGUCCGCUGAUGACUUUGAGCAACGGAUUUUUGGUGAUAAUGGUGGGAAAAGUCAAACUAAUAACUCCUUUUACCGACACCUUGAUAAGGCUGAGAGAGAUCAUAAUAGAUUUUGGCAGGGCUCCAACAUCAAUUCUGAAAACAGUUCUGCAUUCUUAGAUGAUCUAGAUGAGAGUUUUAACACAUUGUCUGAUGGGAUGGAUAAUAAGUUGAAGGAGGCAGCCAGAUAUUUUGAGUAUGACCCUGAAGAAGUUGAUAAAGAAGAUUACUCUUUCAGAAAGGAUGUAACUUUUUGGCCUGGGAAUACUUACGAUAUCAAGGAUCUUGAUCUUAGAAAACCAGGAGUACAGAAGCAACCGAAAAGGUCAGGGUUUGAAACAACAACAGAAGAAGUAUUGCAGAAAGCUGAUUUCAGGAAUGUGAGAUUCCUUGCUAAUUUUAUUACAGAUGCUGGAAUUAUCAUCAAGAGAAACAAGACUAAAAUAAGUGCCAAGGCUCAAAGGAAGAUUGCUAGGGAGAUCAAGACUGCCCGGGCUUUCGGUCUUCUGCCUUUCACCACUAUGGGAACCAAACAUUUUGUAUUUGGCCGAACUAUGCAGGCCCUAGAAGACGAUUAUGCAUACGAGACUAACUACGCUCGCAACUUCGUUGAUACAGAUGCAAGUCAAGAACCGCUAGGCUAAACCCAUUCUUUUUUGUUUUAGCCGCUUAUGUUCUUAUGAAUAAGCUCUGAGCUAUGAAUGAUGAAAUAUUUUUGCCUGAAAAAUUGCAUUAGAUUUGCUAAGCAUGUACUUCCCAUAUAUGAUCUCAAGGGAAAAACACAUAGAAGAUGCUGUAGUGUGCAUGAUUCUGCUUCGCAGUUUUGCAUAUGUAAACGCUAUUAAACAGUAACCUUUUCACGAUUUCAGCCCCUACAGACUACAGUAAUAACAGUAGUUCGAAUUUUCUCA